AGUCUCUCAUCAUUUGGGAAUCAUUGAUGACAGUGCGUUUAAAUAGAAAUAUUAAAUAACAACAGGCCACGUCACACGUGUUUGCAAUUAAAAUUCAUCAAAGAUGGUCGACCCAGAACAAAUAAACAAUACAAUCAAUAGAACCAUGCACCAAAAGUUACAGCACUCCAAUCACCACACGACCGACCACUGACUUUCCCUUUAGCAGGAGGAAAAAAAAGAAUAAAAAGAAUUUAUAAUAGUCUUAUCUUGUUAACCUUGUUUGAAUAACUAAAAAGGAUACUGUUAUAAAACAUCUGUUGGCCAUUAAUUAUCAGCUGAUUUGUCGAAGUAAAAUUAAUUAAUAGGUUUACUUGUAAAAAUAACCUCAAUUAAAAAAAUAAAAAACAACAAAAUAAAAUACUCAAACAAACGUGGAAAAAUAAUAAAUAAGAUCAUUAUUUAUAUGACAAUUGAAAUUAAUUGUUGAUGAAUAAAUAGAUUAUUGUUUUUGAAACAACAAUUGACCUACAAAAUUAUCAUCAAUUUUUUUAAAUAAAAAAUAUAUAACAAUGUCUGAAGAACGUGAAACAAGCAGCAACACCAGCAGCAUCAAUAAUAAUGAUGAUAAUAAUAAUAACAACAACAACAACAACAAUGGCACAUGUGUUGUUUGUUAUAAAAAUGUUGAAAUUUAUAGUAUUGGAAUGUGCGAACAUCCUGUAUGCUAUGAAUGCAGUACAAGAAUGCGUGUACUUUGCCGCCAAAAUGAAUGUCCCAUAUGUCGUCAAGAUUUACCAAAAGUUGUAUUUAUUAAAAAAAUAAAACCAUUUCGUGAUAUUAUAAAAGGUAAUCUACUAGAUACACGUUAUAAUAUAUUUUUUGAUAAUACUUAUAUACAAGAAAAAUUUACACGUUUAUUAUCACACAUAUGUCCAAUUUGUAAAGGCAAUAAAAAGUUAUUUGGUGCAUUUACUGGUUUAAAAGAUCACAUGAGACGUGAACAUGAUUUACAUUAUUGUGAUCUUUGUGUUGAUAAUCUUAAAAUAUUUACAAAUGAAAGACGUUGUUAUACAAGAUUUGAUUUAGGAUUACAUCGUAGAAAAGGUGAUAAAGAUGAUAAAAGUCACAGAGGUCAUCCAUUAUGUGAAUUUUGUGAAUGUAGAUAUAUGGAUAAUGAUGAAUUAUUUCGUCAUUUACGACGUGAUCAUUUAUUUUGUCAUUUUUGUGAUGCUGAUGGUCUUCAUCAAUAUUACAAUUCAUAUGAUUAUUUAAGAGAUCAUUUUAGUAAAGAACAUUAUUUAUGUGAAGAGGGACCAUGUGCUGAUGAAAAAUUUACAAGUGUCUUCCGUAGUGAUAUUGAUUUAAAAGCUCAUAAAUCAUCAGUACAUAGUAAAUUUAUGGGUAAAGCUGCUGCAAAACAAGCAAGAACAUUAGAACUUGAAUUUACACUUGCACCACGUGGUGAUAAUAAUCGUAAUAAUCGUCGUGGUCAUCAACAAUCAAACAAUAAUAAUCAAACAUUAUCAUCACCAUCAUCAUCAUCAUAUAAUUCACGUAAUAAUAAUACAAGAGAUUAUUAUGAUACUACAGAUGGUGAUUCAUCAUAUUUACAUGAAUCUGAAAUGCCAUCAGCUUCAUCAAUGAAACAACCAGAUGUACAAAGUACCCAAGAAUUUCCAUCACUUGGUAAUGCAGCAGCAGCAGCAUCAUCCUCAUCAACAACAACAGGACCAGUUAAUUUUAGUCAUACAAAAAGUAAAGGAGGACGUGGUGGUAAUUUAACAAUAAGAGGAUCAUUUGGAUCACAAAAACUUUCAAUAAAUAAUGAAAAUUUUCCAGCACUUGGAUCAUCUGAUAAUGGAUCUAAUUCUGGUCUAUCAAAUAUUGUUAAUUUAAAUGUUUAUAGUAGUAGUAGCAGUAGUGGUGGUGGUAGUAGUAGUAAUAAUAACAACAAUAACAAUAUCACCAAAAAUAAUAACAACAACAACAAUAAUAAUAAAACAAGUUCAAGUGUUAUACAAACUUCAUCAUCACCAAAUGUAUCAAUUCAAGUUAAUCAUAAAACAAAUGGUAAUAAUAUAACAACAAGAUUAUCAAGACCAACGCUCAAACCAGUUGCUCAAUUAUCAAAAAAAACUGAUGAUUUUCCAGCACUUGGUGGUAAUUGUACAUCAGCUAAAAAUUCAACACAUUCAACAACACAAAAUACAGGACAAUGGACAAAAGUAACAUGUGUUAAACCAUCUGUUGUACAACAAAGUAAAAAAAUCAUUCAAACACCACCAAAAUUUAAUAAUUCAAUAUCUGAAGCAUUUCCAAGUUUACCAAAAACAGCUAAAGAUAAAAAAAAAUCAUCAACAUUAUCAGUAACAACAACUAAUAAUAAUACAAUAACUAAAAUACAAAAAAAUGAUGCACCACCUUCUCCAUCAUCAUCAUCGUCAUCAUCAUCAGUAACAGCAGCAGCAGCAGCAGCAGCAGUUGUUAAAAAUACAAAAAAUAAUGUUACAAAUGAUAAUUCUAAAAAGAAAAAAAAGAAAAAAACUAAAACAACAACACUAACAAGCAAUAAUUCAAGUAGUAAUGAAUCUGUUGUAUCAAAAAUAAUAGAAAAAAAAAAUGAUGAUAAAAAAAAGCCAACAGAUAAUACUGAUUUACAAGAUAAUAAUAAUAGUACAAAAAAUAUAACAAGAAAACGUUCAGAAUUAAAAAUAGAUAAUUUAAAAAAUAAUAUAUCGAAAAAAAAUAAUGAUGUUGUUGAUGAUUUUCCAGCCUUAGGAAGUCCAAAAACAUCAACACCAUUAAAACCACCACCUGGUUUUAGUACAACAAGACCACCACCACCACCUGGUUUUGCUGUUAAAAUAAAUAGUAUUGUACGUCCACAAAAAUAUGAAAAUAAUUUAACAUUUACAAAUAGUUCUGGUCAAAAUUUUCCAAUAUUACCAGAUAAAAAUAAUAAAAAAUAUACAUAUUCACCACCACCAGAUUUUCAACAACGUAAUAAAAAUUUAGUUGCUAAAAUAAGUAGUAUAUUAGAACUAAAAGAUGCCAUUGAAGAAUUUAGAUAUUUAAGUGGUUUAUUUCGUCAAGAUAUGUGUACAGCUGAAGAUUAUUAUAAACGUUGUCGUAUGGAAAUGGGUUUAAGUGAAUUUUUAAUAAUAUUUCCUGAAAUAUUGGUAUUACUUCCAGAUAUAAAUAAACAACGUGAGCUAUAUAAUUUACAUAAACAUGAAACAAAUGGUCAAAUUAAAGGACUAGAACUAUGUACAAUUUGUGGUCAAGUAUGUAAAAGUGAAAGUGAUAUUGUAUCACAUUUAUCAGGUCACACAUUGGAACAUGAUUUUCCAGCUUUGGGUUUAGCAACUGGUACACAAACAUCCAACAAUAAUUGGCCUCGUAAAAAUACAUGAUGUCAAAAUAAAAUAUAUCAUAUAUUAUUUAAAUAUCAUUUUUUCAUUAAAAAAAAAAAAUAACGAGUUUAUUAUGUUUAAUAAAAACGAAAUUAUAAAAUUAAGAAAUAUAUAUUUUUUUUUUUUUCUUUUUUCCAUUU